UAGUGAGUGAUAGCUUUUGAACUUGCUGAAUAAGCUCAUAAUUUCGUUUGUGCAUCUAGAUGGGGCUAAAAGGAGGGUCUAUUACAGAAGGGACUACAAAGGACAAGAAGGACAUCCAGCAUGUGCUGGAUUAUUGGCACGAUGAUAUUCUAGAUGACACCAAUCUUCCACAGAGAACUCUACUUGGUCCGUUCAAGAAAAAAGAUGGCUUCUACAAGGAUGGAUGGAGGCUUGACAGUCAAAGUAAUGGGCCCUUUGUGAAGUUCCCUAACGAAGAUCCUGAUACUAAGUACCAGAAUUUUGCCGUCCAAUGGCAAAAGUCGUGUGUGGUUGCUCCGCUCGGCCAAAACCCCCGACCUGCGAACGCUCUUAUCAUAGAAGCGUAUAAUAAUAGCCAGAAGGAGUUAAAGGUGGCUGUUAUCUGGAAACACUUGGGAGAUAGUGAUGGAAAAGUAAUCUCCCAUGUUUGUACUAUAUUAUUAUGCUUGCUGUCUUUCAUUUGCAACUCUCUGCUUUGCCAGCUUUUCGACUCCAUAGCCACCAAGAAUCUUCUGCACUCUUGGCUGCGACAAGGAGACUCCAACCGUGAUGAGCUUGAUGGGAGACGGAGGAUGAUAUAACUUUUCUCUCAGUUCUAGCUUGCUCCAAU